AUGUCUCAUAAAAAUGGCGGAUCGGGAACUUCCGGCCCCUGCGCGCGAGCCCCGUGUAUUUCACGUGUAUGUUUCCGAUGUUUCCCUCUUUUCGGCAGCGGCUGCAAACUCGCCAACAUGCCACUCGCAAAGGACCUGUUGCACCCGUCCCCUGAGGAGGAGAAGAGGAGGCACAAGAAGAAGCGGCUCGUGCAGAGCCCUAACUCUUACUUCAUGGAUGUCAAAUGUCCAGGAUGCUACAAGAUCACCACAGUGUUCAGCCAUGCACAGACCGUGGUGCUCUGCGUAGGUUGCUCCACAGUGCUGUGCCAGCCUACGGGUGGGAAAGCUCGCCUCACAGAAGGUUGUUCAUUUAGGAGAAAACAGCACUAGACCUCUUGUCCCUGCCCUGAGAAGGAUGUGGUGAGAGGAGGAUGUCAAUGACUUGAGUCUGGCUGUGAGCUGAAUCUGGAAUCUGUAGAUGAGAAACACCAAGCUAAGAGUGUGAAAUUCAUGCAAAGUGUACUGUAUAUUCCAGUACAGAAUAAAAUAAAAUUGGACCGACCUGAUGUAACUUCCUCUUACGGUUUCUCUCAAUAAAACUUUUCAUUAAAGAAGCUGCAAGUCUUUUUUUGGCACAAAUUACUUUAAUGUAAAUUUGAUAGUGUUUUAUUCUCAUGUUUCCUAACAUCUGUACUUCAUUCUAAAUGGCUUUGGGCAGAAGAGUUGGGGUGAGGUUCAUGAUCUUACUUUUAUUUCAUGUUAAACAGCCAUGCUACAGCCUUAUUUGUACUAAAUGUUUUUGGUCUUAAAUACUUCAGGCUUUUCAGUAAGUAUAGUUAUUUUGAGCGACAUAGAUUCAGCUGGUGUGGAAAGCUAAACUACACUUGUACCUCAAAUUACAAAAAAAUUGGGACCAGAAGUAUGCUCAUAAGCUCUAAUUGAGAUAUAGCAGGAUGACUUAAUGUGGUUCAAUCCUCACAGGUUUGGUUCUGUUAAAUUGGCUAAAGCUAUAAUGCAUUAAAUCUUUUUCUGUUUCCAA